GUUACCUUUAAUGGAAACCAUAAUUAAAUUUAAACAAUUUUUAGUUUUAGUCUGAGGAAAUGUUUAAAUGGAUCAUUUAGUAAGGAUUUGACGUUUGUAAAUAUAGGAAGAUGAGGCUGUUUGCUGCGUUUGUGUUCUUCCUGAACGCCUCUCAAGAAUGUUUUUCGGUAAAAGUGGAGGUUCAAGAGGGUGCAGAAUCUGUUGUGUUGCCCUGCCAGUACAAUCAAGUACUGGAAGAGGUUGUUACAGUGAAAUGGAGCCGCCGUAAUCUUAAUCCCAGUAUCGUCCAUCAAAGGCGAGAAGGAGACGACCUGCGAUCACAAAAUCAGCUUUUCAGGGGAAGAACAUCCAUGAGAUCUGAUACUCUAGACUCUGGUGACUUCAGUCUUACCCUGAAAGACUUGCAACUUUCUGACAUCGGCAUCUACAUCUGCAGCAUGAUUGAUGAUGAAGAAGAAAAAACACUAUCAGAAGUUGAACUGCAUCUAAAAGCCUCUCAGGAUUCAUUGACUAAAAAAGUGGAGGUUCAAUGGGUUGAGUCUGUCGUUCUGCCCUGUCAGUACGGCCAACAGUUUAGAAGAGAUGGUUACAGUGAAAUGGAGCCGCUUGGACCUCAAUGUCAGUACUGUCCAUGAACGGCGAGAAGCAGACG